AUGCGACGAGCGGGCCUCGAGCGUCCGCCGCUGAAGCACGGCCCCAGGCAAAUACUUCUAUUUACAGGUCCCUUUCUUGGUGGGAACACGAGACGUCGUCGCAGCCGUGCUCGCAUCUGUCAAACUACGUUUCGCGGAGAUUGGAGCCCCUCCGUGCCGCGCAGACGCCGCCGGGUGCCCCCUCUCGCUCCUCUGCGCCCCUUCUGCAUCUCCUCGGUUACACGAAACAGAAACAGUCGAAAUUUAGGGGGGGAUCGAGUGACUGCCGUGCGCGGUGUCGUCACUCCGUCGUCGUCCGCGCCGCCGACAUCCGCUUGGCACGGCGAUCGGUGCCGUUUCUGGCGGCAUGAGCCCCUCAGCGCCCGACGACGACGACACAGCAUUUGCUUCUGGGACGAGAUGCCAUGCCAAAUCAUCAAUAAUUCCAGUUUUUUGCUGAAAGUGCUGACGACGGGAGGCUUAGGCGCCGAGAUGUCGUCGACGAACACGACGACCAGGGAUUGUCGUUUGAGGGAGGUGAGGCGAACAUCCGCGCCGCGGGUGCGUGGAGAUGUGCGUGCCGCCGGCGGGCAGAUUGAUUGCUCCAUGGCCCAGGCUUUUGCUCCGUGGUGUUGUUGGACGCCGGGAGGGUUGGCGAUGGAAGCAGAGGGCUUCGUCUCGCUUCUCUUGCCCCCGCUUCCCAUGUUUCCCAUACGAGGAGGGCCAACGACUGCGCGCGCUGCCGGCGGUGCCGAUUCGCCAUGGGUCCUGGCCGCGAUGAAACAGGAAGGACUGUUGUCUGUCAGUCAAAUUACGUAG